AUGGCCAUGAAGGGCUUUAGGCAUGUAUUGACCUUGGCAUGUGUGCAGUUGGCAAGCGCAGCUUGCCCUUCUCCUGGUGUGGUUGCGGGCACCAAUUUCUCGGAACCUCAGUGGAGAGAGACUAUCGACACGGCACGGCGACAGGGAACUCUAUCCCAGAAGAUGACCAAUGAGUUUCUUCUCAUCGCCCUUGGCAUCGAUCCGGAAGCGAAUAAGCAGAAGAUGGAGGCUACCCUCAACCUUUAUGGUGCCACUCUCCAGGCUUUUAUGCGCGGAACUAGCAGCGCACAAAAUGCAACAGCGGAUCUGCCCGAAGACGUGGUGAACUACUUGCAGGAGCAGGUUCUCCCUGUGUACACGUCCAUGGCUUCUCUGCUCCAGGAGAGCGCAGGAGCGCCCGACGCGUCAGCGCUUAAUGCACUUUUCGAGCAGAACAUGGCACUGGUUGAUGUCUCGAACAAGGCGGUAGAGCUGUUGACUCAGGCCACAGAGGCCGGUCGCUCUGCUGGGCCAUUGGCGGACGUUGUUGGUCGACAGCGCAGCCUUAUCCAACAGAUGCUCAACAAUGUUCUCUUCACUGCCCUGGGAGUUUCCGUUGACGCCAGCGUCGGCGCGCUAAGGAGCAAUCAGCGCCUCUUCGAAGAUGCGCACAAUGCCAUUAUACUUGGAGCAGAGUGGGCCUCCAUCCCUCGCUUGGAACGGUUGUGCACGAUGCAUCAGAUGAGUGAAGUCACCUACUACUACCAGGCAUUUCGCGGUCCUGUGCGGGCAAUGCUCAGCGUUUACGUGGCAGAUUCGAUGGCAUUGGCUGCUUCUUCUGCGAGAAACAUGUCUGCACUCGCAGAGCCACUCGCAGAGGCCAUGAACGCCGCCGCGCAGUUGUAUGCGCAUGAUCCGGGAGCGUGUACUCCCCGUGAGCAAAUGACAUCCAGCGACUGGUGGAAUCUCAUGAAGAACUUGGCGUCGCUGCAGCAGCGAGGUCAAGAGGUCUAUCGCCUGUACAUGCAGAUUGCCGCACCAUCCCUUGUGGAGCAAGGCAAGGUGGACCUGGCAACGGCGGCGCCGGCCAGCAUUCGUGAGACCAACGAGCUGAUCCAGGGAUCCAGAGUCAAAGACAUGCCUGCACCGCCCACGCAAGAGAUUCUGUCGAGGCUCUUGUCCUUGUUGGAUGUCUUGGCCAACCUUGCACCGAUUCUGGACGAAGCCCUGGCCAUGGAGUUCGUGCCCGAUUCCGAUGUUGCCCGGGUGCACUACCUGAGCGAAGAGUUGUGGGCUUUUGUCUCGUCUCUGAAGAUGGAUGUUCUGACCGAAGCCACAACAGUGACGGACGAGAAAAUAGGUCUCGUCGCGGUGGCCAGCGAGCAGAUUUCUCUGAUCCACCGGCUCACCGCCGAAGCCUAUGAAGCCGCUCGUGGCUACCAUGUGGACGAGGCACGGCUGAAAUUGAACGAGACCAUAGCAUCUUUCCACCUGACGCACAAGGAAAUCCUCUUGGGAGCUCCGGCCAACUCAAAACACACCGCCUUGCGCAGAGUGUCAAACAUAUGCGUGGUCUAUGAGAUGCGCGGCGUUGAAGAUGCUUAUGCGAUCCUCGAGACUGCCGCGCUAGCGGCUGCUUACGGCCAACAAGACCAGGUUGACAGCUUACGCUCGCUUACCCAGGAUGCGCUGGCUCUUAUGGAAGGAGCUGCCGAUUCCCUGUUUGCGUAUUGGGAGGGCAAAAACUCCUCGUGCUCGACGGUGCACUUGAUGCCGAAUGAGUAUGAGGACCUGCUGCUGGAGGCAUCCGAGAUCUGUGUUCUGACCAAUAUGGCAUUGAGCAGCGGCAUACAGACUGACCUUGCAGGUGUCAGAAAAUCCCUUGAGAAGCUCAUGCUGGGCUACUUUGCACCUCCCCUCCCUGCGCCACCGAGCCAGACCGCUUUCGACCUUGUUCUCCACGUGGAACAAGCAGUUCGCAACUGGGAGGCUGCGGCGGUUGGCACAGCCGCCAUCACAGCCGCCAUCGGCGUGUGUGAGACGGCACAGGCUGUUGCGGACAGGUAUGUUGAGGAUGGCAUGGCGGAGCACUCAGAGUGGGAGGGAGAGAGGGUGAAGCUCGUCAACUGGCAGCGCGCGCAGGCUUCGCAAGUCUUCUCUGCAGCAGAGAGAGGAGAGGCACAGGCCCUGACGCGGGCCACUCAGAGCUUCGAAACCGCGCACGCCCUCCUCCGCGAUGGCAACGGCAAGGUUUCGCCAAUCACGCCGGAGCGAGGUGAUCUCUUGCGGCAGUGGAAUCAGAUUGACGUGGCCUGGGCCAGGUUCAGGGCAGAAGCCGAAAGCCAGAAUGUGCAGUCAAUGAGGAUGGCUCUGACGGAUUUGCAAGCGGCGUUGGUAGCAGCCGUUCCGCUGUUUGGAGUUGCUGACCGACCCAGCUCCCAGAUAUCACCCUGGCUUUUAGUGGCCACGUAUUGCGGCAUGGGUUUGCUGCUAUUUGCCUGUGGGUGUGCGGGCUGCAUGAUUUUUCUUCGAACCCAUCGACAAAAGACGCCUGACGUCCCGGCCAAGUCAGACAAGGUCUGA